CAGCGCUUCCAGACUGCCCUCCGCAACAAGAACGUGUGGCAGCGUGUGGCUGUCUUCGACGCGCACCACGCCAGCGCCGCGGCGCGCCGUGAGGCCUCAGCGGCCAUGUCUGCGCGCGCCUUCAGCUCGCUGCCCGACCACGAGGUCGUGGGUCUGCCGGCCCUGUCCCCCACCAUGGAGGUGGGCACCAUCGCCAAGUGGAACAAGCAGGAGGGCGACCUCAUCUCGGCCGGCGACGUCGUGUGCGAGGUGGAGACGGACAAGGCCGUCGUGGACUACGAGGCCACGGACGACUCGUACCUGGCCAAGAUCCUGGUGCAGGCCGGCUCGGGCGAGGUCCCCGUGGGCCAGCCCAUCUUCGUCACCGUGAUGGAGGAGGAGGACGUCGCCGCCUUCAAGAACUUCUCGGCCGACGCCGCCCCCGCCGUGGAGGCCGCUCCGGCCACGCCCGCUGUUGAGGCCGCCCCGGCUGCUGCUGCUGCUGCCCCGGCCCCCGCUGCUCCGGCUGCUCCCGCUGCCUCGGCCCCCGCUUCGGGCCGCGUGUUCGCCAGCCCGCUGGCCAAGAAGGUCGCGCGCGAGUCUGGCGCUGUGCUGUCGGUGAUCAACGGCUCUGGCCCGAAUGGCCGUAUCAUCAAGGCCGACGUGGACGCCGCUCUGGCCGCCGGCACGGCUGCCCCGGCCCCGGCUGAGGAGACUGCCGCCCCUGCUGCUGCCGCUGCUCCCGCCGCCGCUGCCCCGACCGCCACCGCCGACUACACGGACUACCCGAUCAGCCCGGAGGCGCAGGCCAUCGCCCAGCAGUUCACGCAGCAGAAGCUGGAGGUGCCCCACUACCACCUGUCCACGAACCUGACGCUCGACAAGCUUCUCGACGCGCGCGCUCGCCUGAACGCCGGCCGCAGCGAGGACGAGCAGCUGUCCGUGAACGACUUCAUCGUGCGCGCCGCCUCGCUUGCCAUGCGCAAGGUGCCGGACGCCAACUCGAGCUGGAAGGGCUCGUUCAUCCGUCAGUUCAACGACGUGAACGUGAACCUGAUGGUGUCUUCGGCUGCUGGUGGCGUCGUGGCGCCCGUGCUGACCCAGGUGAACCGCAAGGGCCUCGACGACAUUAGCAAGGAGAUCCAGGCUGCCGUGGCCAAGGCCAACGACGGCGCCUUCGAGCCCGCCGACCUCGCCAACGGCACGUUCACGAUCUCGAACGUGGGCCAGUUCGACGUGCAGUCGCUGGCUGGCAUCGUGCGCCCGGAGCAGGCGUGCCUGCUGGGCCUGGGCACGAUCGAGAAGAAGGUGGUGCCGAACGACGACCCCAACGCUGAGCAGAUUUAUAAGUACGCGCAGGUGAUGACCGCCACGCUUGCUUGCGACCACCGCGUCAUUGACGGCGCCGUCGGCGCGCAGUGGCUGGCGUCCUUCAAGGAGCUGGUCGAGGACCCGCUUAAGAUGAUCCUGUAA